GUUUCAAAGAAAGAAAAGAAUCAAACUUGACAAAAACCAUUUCUUCUUAUGUCAAAAAUCUCAUAAUUUUUUUAAAAAUAAAGUUUCUUCAUUCUUGAUUUUCAAGAAGAAAAAUAAAAGUUCAAACUUUCAAAGUGUUGCAACUGGAAAUUCCAACUCAAAGGCCCUAUACGACUACUGACUUUACACGAGAUUAAAUUGAAGUUACCAGGAGUAGUUUAUGAGCAAAUAAUCAACAUAUAUAGAGCUGAGUGACAUGGAUGGUCAUGGAUACUCACCUCCAACAAUUGAACGUAACAAAAAGGGGAAGAACCACCGUCACGCAGUGGCGGAUGAUGAUACGAUCAAGUGUAGUGGUAAGUCAUGCAGAUCAUGUAGUGGUGGUUUAAUCGCAGAUUGCGUAGCAGUCUGUUGCUGCCCGUGUGCUGUAGUAAACAUUUUAGCAUUGGCAUUUCUAAAGAUCCCCUGGAUGGUGGGAAGGAAAUGCUUGAGAAUGGUGAAAAAGAAAAAGUUGGAGGACAAGAAGAGGAAACAUGACAAGAGUAUUACUAUUACUGAUAGUAUUGUACAAGAAGGAAUUCAUGUGGAACAAGAGUUAAAAGACAGUUUUAGUACAACAAUUGAUGUAGACCAAAUUUGGUUAGACUUGUAUCAAGUUGGUAGUAUGGGUUUUGGCAGAGUUUCAUUCACAGGAACUAAUUAGGUUCAAAUAUUAUUUUCGCAGCGCGUUGCGAAAAUCCCAAUUCUUGAAAUUGUUCUGGAUUUGAGUAUUUCCUAUCAAACACAACUCCAUUUCCUCACGAACCCCGAGAAAUUCCAUUAAUGCAUGGUGAAAGAGUAUUUAUCACUCCUUCACACUCUUCAAUGGUACUAGUUUAAUCAUAUUAGUGAGAUUAGUUAAUAUGUAUCUCUUUCAGUGCCAUUUUCAUCACUUUAUAUUUCUUCUUUCUGAAUUGUACAGUUAAUUUGGUGAUGUUUUCUUGGAAUAAACAUGGUUCAUUUCGAAGGA